CAUACAUGUUUGCCUUGCAGGAUCCCUCCUGGGACACUGACUGGUGAAGUCCCCAUCCCCCCUUUUGGCCCCUGAGGGCCUGCAUGACCCAGGCCUGCUCUACCCUUCACCUUGGUGCACCCAUCUUAGCAUCAAAUAUUCCUGCCAGGCUAACCAGACCUCCUUCAUUCCCCAGAAUGGGUUCUGUGUCCCCUCCCCUCUGGGCCCUGUACAUGUGGUUUGCCCUGUGUGGACAGCCUUUUUCUACCUCCUUGCUUAUCAGGACAGCCUGACACCCCUCCUCACCCUGCCCGCAUCCAGGUUCUCACCCAGAUCAUAGCAAUGCCUUUUCAUUGUCCGGUUGGGAUCUUAGGGAGGACAGAGCUUUGUCUCUCUUGUUUCCAGCUGUACCCCAGUGUGAGACACAGUGCCUGGUGCUCAGUAAGUAUCGUUAAGUGAAGACUGAUUGUCCCAUCUGCUUCCUCACAUCUUUGCCUGGUGAUGAGCAAAUGGAAGCUCAGAGAGGGCAAUGACUCACCAGCAUUUCAUGCUGGGAUGGAGGCAGGUUUAGAGCUUGAAUCUGAGUCUAGCGCCCACGCUUUCUCUCCUGCAGGGAUGAAAGGCUACAGGGCUUGAGAAAACCCUCCCUUCUGCCCUGAAGGCAGAGCUGUGGCACGGCUCAGGCUUGCUUCCUCAUCCCCUGAGUGUGAGGCUUUGCUGCCAACACACAGGGGCUUGUACCACCUGGGGCAGGAGGAGAUAUAGUCUAUGGCAUUGCUUCUCUGAAUCUGAUUGAUUCAGCCCACAGUCUCAGGUCCUCCAGACACCAAAAUGAACAAGAUCCAGCCCCAGCUUCAGGGGUGUCUCCACCUGCUGAAGGUGGUCUCUGCUGAACUUUUCUAGGUUCUGAAUCCCACCUCACCCCAACCCUUCCGCAUCCUAGCUCCUAAGAUGUACAAAUGACUCCGCUGCCUGGACUAGUGGCUUUAGGUAGGUAAUGGUGGCUCCUCAGAGCACAGAGAGGUGCACUGGAAUCCCAGAGCCCCUGAGCCGGGAAUCAAGCCCGGAUCUGCCUGGCUCUGAAGCCUGGGCUGCCCCAAGCUUAUCACAUAUCAGACGUCCCCAGCCCCGAACUGCCUGAGAACAAGACUGCGUCUAGUUGGGAGGGGUGAGGGAAGGAGGCUCUAGGGAGGCCACAGCACCUGCGCUGGGCCUGGGAGGGUGUCCCAGGAGGGAUGAGAAGGAACAGCGCAACCAAGCCAGGGUGCAGGGGCAGGGAAGAGUGGGGCGAGAGAGAAGAGUAGAAGGAAGGUUCAGCCCAGACAGCAGGCUGAAGAGUUUAGAUUUUGAUCUGAUGGUAGUAGGGAGCCACUGAAGGUGUUUGAGCAGUGUGAGGUCAUCUGUGCUGGGGGAGUCUAUGCUGGCUGUGCACUGGGGAGUGGAAGGGAGUCAAGGAGCCCAGUCAAGAGGCCAUUAGAAGAUCCAGAGGUGGCUUAUAGUUUUGAUAGAUUUCACCCUGCUGAAGUUUGAGGCAGGGUGAAAGCCACUGGGAGGGAAAUACACCAGAGGACAUGGAGGGCCCAUGGGUGCUGAAGAAGGCUGCAGCUGGGUUGGGCAUCAGUGACAUAAACCUGAGGGAGGGCAGGGGCAUGUGCAGGGCCACGUGAAGUAGGGUGGCAUUCGGGGGCUCUGUACAUAGUGGGUGCUCAGUAACUGUUCAUUGAAUGAAUGGAUGAAUAACUCCUUGUUUCUGGGUCAGCUCUGGUCAUACCCUCUCCUGUUUCCCACACCUCUUCUCUUUGCCCACCCUGUCCUGUGGCCCUGGGGAGACCUCAGCUGGCCCAGUAGAGGCAGUGCUGGCCCGUGGUUCCGCCGAAGGGCGCCUCCAUGUUUGUGGGUGCACUGCACGCCUUCUCCCUCUCUGUCCCCCUCCCCCUCCCUGUCCUUAUCUUUCCCUUCUGUCUCCAUGGCGACUCACCACCUCGGCUUGCCUGCAUCCCAGCCUCUGCCAGGGAUUCUGAGCCGGGCUCCAUCCCUCCCUCCUCGGAGCCCUGCUACCCGCAGCCCUGUCUCCUCCCCCUGGGGUGAGUCCAGCAGCAGCCUCCUCUUUCCCGGCUGUCACAUUUCUUUUCCAGCUCUGCCCGGGAGUCAGCUCCUCGGGGAGACCAUCCCCCAACCUCACCUUCCACCUGCCGCAGCCCGCUAGCCUUUCCGGGAGAAAAGGCAUCCUUACCUCUGGUUGAAGGUCUCGGGGCCUCCCCCUCUGCAUCCGGACCCUCUCCCCAUCCCAGCCUCCCAUGCCGAGGCCCGCCUUGUCAGUCACUUCCUUUUGUCAUCGGCUUGGCAAACGGGAGAGGAAACAGAGCUUCAUGGGAAACAGCGGCAACAGUUGGUCCCACACACCUUUCCCCAAGUUGGAGCUGGGUCUGGGGCCCCGGCCCAUGGCACGGGAGCUCCCCACCUGCUCCAUCUGCCUGGAGAGGUUGCGCGAGCCCAUCUCGCUAGACUGUGGCCACGACUUCUGCAUACGGUGCUUCAGCACGCACCGUGUCCCGGGCUGUGAGCCGCCUUGCUGCCCUGAGUGCCGGAAGAUAUGCAAGCAGAAGAGGGGCCUCCGGAGCCUGGGCGAGAAGAUGAAGCUCCUGCCGCAGCGGCCGCUGCCCCCUGCGCUGCAGGAGACCUGUCCUGUGAGGGCGGAGCCGCUGCUGCUGGUUCGCGUCAAUGCGUCUGGGGGCCUCAUCCUUAGGAUGGGGGCCAUCAACCGCUGCCUGAAGCACCCCCUGGCCAGGGACACCCCGGUCUGCCUCCUCGCUGUCCUGGGGGAGCAGCACUCAGGGAAGUCCUUCCUCCUCAACCACUUGCUUCAGGGCUUGCCGGGCCUGGAGUCUGGUGAGGGCGGCUGGCCGAGAGGAGGAGAAGCGUCCUUGCAAGGGUGUAGGUGGGGUGCCAAUGGCCUUGCCAGGGGCAUAUGGAUGUGGAGCCACCCCUUCUUGCUGGGGAAAGAAGGGAAGAAGGUGGCGGUGUUCCUGGUGGAUACGGGGGAUGCCAUGAGCCCUGAGCUGAGCAGGGAAACAAGGAUCAAGCUCUGUGCUCUCACCACGAUGCUGAGCUCCUACCAGAUCCUCAACACCUCCCAGGAGCUGAAGGAUACAGACCUGGACUAUCUGGAGAUGUUUGUCCACGUGGCCGAGGUGAUGGGCAAGCAUUAUGGGAUGGUGCCCAUCCAGCAUCUGGACCUCUUAGUUCGUGACUCAUCCCACCCCAACAAGGCAGGGCAGGGGCAUGUAGGCAACAUCUUCCAGAGAUUGUCUGGCAGAUACCCCAAAGUGCAGGAGCUGCUGCAAGGGAAGCGAGCCCGCUGCUGCCUCUUGCCUGCCCCAGGGAGGCGGUGGAUGAACCAAGGCCAUGCAAGCCCUGGUGACACAGAUGAUGACUUCUGCCACCUUCUGGGGGCCUACGUCUCAGAUGUGCUGAGCGCGGCCCCUCAGCACGCUAAGAGCCGCUGCCAGGGGUACUGGAACGAGGGGCGCGCCGUGGCCAGAGGGGACAGACGCCUGCUCACGGGGCAGCAGCUAGCUCAGGAAAUCAAGAACCUCUCAGGAUGGAUGGGGAGGACAGGGCCCGGUUUCACCUCUCCGGAUGAGAUGGCUGCUCAGCUGCACGACCUGAGGAAGGUGGAAGCUGCCAAGAGGGAGUUCGAGGAGUACGUGAGGCAGCAGGACAUAGCCACCAAGCGCAUAUUCUCUGCGCUGCGGGUCCUGCCAGACACCAUGCGGAACCUCCUCUCUACCCAGAAAGAUGCCAUUCUGGCCCGCCAUGGUGUGGCCUUACUCUGCAAGGGGAGAGAUCAGACCUUGGAGGCACUGGAAGCUGAGCUGCAGGCCACGGCCAAGGCCUUUAUGGACUCCUACACGAUGCGCUUCUGUGGCCACCUGGCUGCUGUGGGGGGUGCUGUGGGGGCUGGGCUCAUGGGUCUGGCAGGGGGCGUAGUGGGUGCUGGCAUGGCAGCAGCUGCACUGGCUGCAGAGGCCGGGAUGGUGGCUGCUGGAGCUGCCGUGGGGGCCACAGGGGCCGCCGUGGUUGGGGGUGGUGUGGGCGCUGGGUUGGCUGCCACAGUGGGCUGCAUGGAGAAGGAGGAGGAUGAGAGGGUGCUGGAAGGGGACCGAGAGCCCCUUCUCCAGGAAGAGUAACAGCCCCAGGAGAUGUUGAAGGACGGGAGAGAUGUGAGGUGGGGACGAAGAAGAGAGGCAAGAGGGGUGAGGGUGAUGCCAGGGAUUCCAAGGCGCCCCCAUGUACUGCACUGCCCUGGUUGAAUGCUCGGUGUCUGGGUGGCGGCUGAGCUGGGACUCAAGGUGGCUCUAGGAACCUGGGAGGCAGCAUCUGGGGGCAGUGGAUAGAAUACCUGGCCUGUUUCUGGUUGCAGAUGGUUGCCAAUCUGCCCUUGUCACAGAUAGGCUACAUCCCAGGGUUUCUGGCUGCAAGUGAGGCUCUACCCUCCCCACCUGGCCCAUUUCCCUGAUGACCCUGGAUUGUAGGAAAGUUAAGCAGGCACCAUCCUGGAAGUCUACACCUGGGUGAUCGAGAGACCUGUUUUUUCACAGACGUGAGAAGCCUCAGGAUGAUUGACCAUGGUGUUCAGGAGCAGGGAGCACUGAUGAGGUGCUGGGGAUAAAAGGAAGGAGGGAACACUGGGCAGAACCAGAGAGAUGGGACAUGGUAGGCUGUGGCCCAGACCCCAGAGCAGAGAAACUUGCUCCCAUGACUCUUCCCAAGUCUGCUCCAGCCCGAGUAAGGUGGCUUCCCCACCUCCUGGCCCACAGCCCCAGGGAGGCUGUCUGUGCAUCCUGAACCACUCUGUGCUGGGCCUCCCCGAGGACCUCUCUUGGGUGUGUGCCCUUUUUCAAGCCUGUUUAGGUGGGGGAGUGCCCAUGCCCUCUGUGAAAUGCCCAGAUGCCAAAGAAUAACACCUUUUCUUGCAUUUUGAGCUAAGCCAGACAGCCUUUCUACUAGAUUCUAUCAAAAUCUUGCAAAGGAAAACAAAAUGAACAACUUCUAUUCUUAAACACAUCCUUUCUCCCCUGGGCUUGUAAGAUGAUGCGGCUUGAUGCAGCUCCUCAAACACCAGGUCCCCUGGGAACUGGGGGUGCAGGAGUUCUCCCUCUGGGGGACAGAAAAUCUGACUACUCAGAAGACUUCUAGGCUGUGAAACUGACUUCUAGGAUAUGAAACUGACUUCUAGGCUAUGAAACUUACAGGGUAUGGGUGGGCACAUUAUCCUUUAUUUUAUGGAAAAAUAAAAUGUGUGUAUGUGAA